AUGAAUGUUAGCCUGUAUCAUUACCGAGGCAAGUGGAUUAUGAUUGACCUUGGUAUUGGUUUUGCAGAUGAAACUAUGCCAGUCCUUUCAACAGCCUUACAACAAAAUGUAAUUGUGAAUUUUCCGUUGUAUCAACUAUCUUGGUCCAGCGGUCACAGAUGUUCCAUAGUACCCACGUUGUUAACACUUGAACUUCCAUCAAAACCGGUCUGGAAUCCUCAAUUCCUACAAAUGCAGCACUGUCAACAACUUCUCUAUCGUCAGUAUUACCUGUUACCAAAUAAUGAUGAUGGAUUUUAA